AUGAGUACGAAAUUCUUAGUGACUGUCGCUUCAGGAGCAUCAGGUGUUGUCAUUUUGGCAUGCUUGGUUAUGGUUGGUGUCCUUUUCCAGGAUAUCAAUAACUUGUAUGAUGAUGUCAUGGAUGAUAUGGUUGAAUUUAGAGUAAGUACUUAUCUUACUUGAUCUUUUUAAUUUAAAUGAUUAUUUUUUAGUACACCGCUAAUGAAGCUUGGAAAGAUAUGUUGAGCGCUGCACCAGCUCGCCCAGUUGACGCCAACACAAUCUUCGGACGUAACAAGAGAUCAGGAGGUCAAUGCGGAUGUUCAGCUCAACCAAACAAUUGCCCAGCUGGACCACCAGGACCACCAGGACAACCAGGAGAGCCAGGAGAGGAUGGUGAGAAUGGACAAGCUGGAAAGAACGGUAUCAACGGAAUCUCGAUCGCUAACCCAAGUGAUGUUGGAGGAUGUAUUAAAUGCCCAGCUGGAGAACCAGGACCAGCCGGACCAGACGGGCCAGCUGGACCAGCCGGACCUGAUGGACAACCAGGAGCACCAGGAGCACCAGGACAAGACGGACAACCAGGAGCCGCUGGACCACAAGGAGAUGCCGGAUCUGCUGGACAAGAUGGAGCACCAGGAGAGAAUGGAGCACCAGGAGCUAAUGGACAACGCGGACAAGGAGCCCCAGGACCACAAGGUCCAGCUGGGCCAGCCGGACCAGCCGGACAAGAUGGAGCACCAGGACAAGACGGAGCACCAGGACAACCAGGAUCUGAAGGAAUCGCCGGAGCUCCAGGAAAAGAUGGAGCCGCUGGAUCACCAGGAGAGGCUGGACCAGCUGGAGGACCAGGAAUUCCAGGACAAGACGCUGCCUAUUGUCCAUGUCCACCAAGAACUGCCGCUGUUGAAAAUCAACCAGAGGCUCAAGGAUACAGACGUCGUUUCUCACAUGUCUAA